AUGGUUGAGUGUCCAUUUUCCUACACAGGCAUCGAGAAGUAUUUUAGCAAAGAGUUAUGGUUGGACCUUCGUGACAUUCGAUUCUUUCCACUGGAGCUCAAGAAAAAGCCUGAUAUUCAGAUACACGAGGAAACCCCCAGCGAAGAGGGAAGCGAUAUGGAGGCCAGUUUAGAGAGUUUCGUGCUCUUCAUUCCGGAGUUUUAUACCGAACGGCUAAGAGGGUUCAUGACAGUCAAUUUUAGAUGGGUUCCCUUUGAUUAGGAGAGAAAAGGUGAGCCAAAGAGUUGCGAUUGGUUCGGCAUCCAGUGUCUUCGCGCACAGGAAGAGAGAUACGGAAAUGGCAUCCAGCGAAAGAUCAAGGAAGAUUGGCUGAACAGUCUGGGAAGUUUGAGUCCACCAGUCAUUAAAUAG